GAAUGCUUGACCAGCGCAUCGCCCGGUCACGAUUAACAUAAGUCGUGUGCAAACGAUGAUCUUUGUACCAAGAGAAAAUUGGAAGAAACGCCGGUUUCAGUAAGGAAUAAGAUUCGCCGAGAGAAGCACGCGGAACAAUUUCCUUUGUACGGACAUAUAUAUGUGAUUUUUGAAAUAGAUAAAUGUUAUUUGGUUAAGCACAGUAAUCAGUUUUUCAUGGAUUCAAAUUUUUCGCCCACUACAAUUAACCAACCUACCACUUGUAUAUUCUUCAAUACAUGCCAAAGAGAAACGAGGUUUAAAGACGAUUCCGACAGAAAUAGAUUUUGCAAGUGGAAAGUUAUUGUUAAUAACACAGGACAAGGAUGGCUUUAUCGCUCGAUUUCUUCGCUGGAUGCUUGGGAGGAUGUGCCGGUAUUAUGGUGGGAUAUCCUUUGGAUACAGUCAAAGUCCACAUGCAGACGCAGGAUUGCCGUAAUCCAAAAUAUCGAGGCACCUGGGAUUGUUUGCGUACCAUACUUGCGAAAGAAUCGGUAAGCGGCCUUUAUAGAGGCAUGUCCUCGCCAAUCGCUGGGGUGGCUAUAGUAAACGCUAUCGUCUUCGGCGUUUACGGGCACACUCAGCGGCACCUGUCCGAACCUGAUCGAUUAUCGGCGUGCUUCCUGGCCGGUGCACUCGCCGGACUUUCUCAAACUCCCGUUUCUAGUCCGAUAGAAUUAGCUAAAACACGUCUGCAAUUGCAGUCCUCAUCUCAAGGUAACUCUCAUGGACCAAUGCAAUGCUUGAGGAACAUCUAUAAGCAGCAGGGUUACCGUGGCAUUUUUAAAGGUCUAGGUAUUACGUUUCUCAGGGAAGGGCCAAGUUACGGCGUGUAUUUUGUGACCUAUGAGAUGCUAACCAAGACAUCUUCGAAGGAGCCGAUUUCAACAUUUCACAUGUUGUUGGCUGGUGGACUCGCUGGCACUGCUUCCUGGGUGAUCUCUUAUCCAAUAGAUGUAAUUAAGUCGCGUAUACAGGCGGAAAGCAGCAAUCGUUAUUCAGGAGCUUUAGAUUGUCUUAAGAAAUCCGUACGCGCUGAAGGAUAUAGUUGCUUAUAUCGAGGUUUAAAUUCGACGAUUCUUCGAGCAUUUCCGACGAACGCAGCAACGUUCACUGUUGUUACGUGGACGUUCAGGUUAUUGGGUGAGCAACCAAAUGAGAUGAAAAAGAAAGAAGAAAUUGAUUCAAUAUCGAUACAGGCGAAAAAUCAUACGACAAUAAGAUACGAGUCCUUAGUUGACAAGUGGAACACAUUUUUCGGCGAUAUUUCGAGGAGCAACGGCUUUGCCACAUCGUAUUCUGUCACGUCUAUGUUACCGAUCUGCGGAUUGAUGCCAGAUAACAAUGCCUGCCUGAUUCAUAAUUGCAGACGAUCGGGUUGCAAGCACAAUGUAUUAAAACAGAACACAUCGAAGGGUUCGAAAGGGAAAGACAAGAAGUCGAGAAACGAGAAAGGAGUUGAGGAGAACGAACACAUCAACGAAGAUUGUGGCAACAAUGAGAUUGUAAAUGCGUGCACUUGUAAUCUGCAACAUGUACUUAAUGUUUCAAACCUUGAUAAUACCUGAAGCUGUUAUCUCGAGUGACAAGUAUCUUCAGCUUGUGAUGUGUUAAUGCAAUAAUCUCGUGUAAAAAAGGAUAUUCAUAUACACAGAUUUUUCUGACAAUUAAUUUAAUUAAUAACAAAUGUAUGUAAAAUCACAAGACAAUUUACGGAGACUGGAUAAAUAUUCCAGUUAAAAAAUAUUCUUAUAUUAAGAAGUGCGAAUAUAGAAUAAAAUUACAUAUAACAAAUUUUUACUAUGAAAAAAGGACAUAACAUCCUUAAUGCAACAAUUAAACUAAUCCAACUUGCAAAGAAAUAUCUACAAGUUCUAUGGUAGAUAGAUAUGCUCUUAUAGUAUAUCUAUGAAAGAGAAACUUAUCAUAAAACACGUUUUAAACUUUUUUUUAUGUUUUACUGUAGCAGCAUAAUUUAAUCAAUGCAUCGAAAUUGACGCGCCUUAU